UGAUCAGGAUGCGUCUGUUCCUUGUCCUACUGCUUGUGGCUGUGGUGCUGAUGUCGGAAUCGGACGCCUGGAGAAGAUUCAGGAUCAGGGUCCGCGGCAGGAGAAUACUUCGAGCCGCUGGACGGGCGUACAGGAUUUACAGGAGAUACAAACACAUCAUCAACCCAGCCGUCGGAGCCUUGGGUGGCAAGAGAAGUAUUGACGACCUUGAUAAGAACAAGGAUGGCAAUAUUGACCAAUCUGAAGCCGAGGAACUGAUGGAAAGACGGGCAGCCGAGGAUCUACUUUCAUUUGCCGAUGAAAACGAUGAUUCAAACGUGAGUUUGGAGGAGUUCUCGAGGAGCAUCCAUGACUUCAUGACCAUAGAUUCAGACCGAGAUUUGCGAAAUGUACUCGAGGAGGAGUUUGCUGAUGCUUUCGACUCAGAAUAA